AUGUCUCAAGACGAGUUAAUACGAAAGCGGACGACAAUAAAGGCGAAACUUACUUCAUUUCAGUCAUUUUUAAAGAAACUUGAGAACGAACCGACAAAAUGUAAGGAGUUAUCGAUAAGAUUAGAACGCGCAGAAAAUCUAUUGACUGAAUAUGAGGAUAUUCAAUCCCAAAUCGAAAUGAUGACGAAAGAGAUAGAUGUCGAUGAGCGUACAAAAUUCGAAGAUUCGUAUUACACAAUUAUUGCUCUAGAAAGACAAGCUAAUUCCGUAGGUCAACAAGCAACACAUUCAACGGCACCGCUGGCAGCAGCACCGCUGGCAGCAGAUAUUACGGCACAGACGAAUUCGUUAUUGAAAUUACCUAAUAUAGAUCUUCCAACGUUUAACGGUGAAUACGAUCAAUGGGUUACAUUUCGUGAUACAUUUGAAGCUAUUAUUGACACUAACACGAAUUUAACAAAAAUUCAAAAGUUUUACUAUUUACAGUCGGCAGUGAAAGGUCGUGCAGCACAAUGUUUUAAAUCGUUAAGCCUUUCCAAUGAAAACUACGACGCAGCAUGGAAAUUGUUAAAAGCACGAUUUGAAAAUACGCGAUUAAUAGUGCAUCAUCACAUACAAGCGUUACUUGAAUUACCAAUAAUCUCGAAAGAGUCAGCCGGCAGUCUUCGAAAAUUAAUCGACGAUGUACAACACUUGUGUGCAUUAACAAAACUUGAACAACCCGUGCAAGCAUGGGAUACGUUAUUAAUCCAUUUAAUCACGCCGAAGCUUGAUACUAAAACAAAACGAGAAUGGGAGUUUAAACGCGAAUUUACGAAGCUACCAACUAUGACUGAGUUCAUGGAUAAACGUUGUUAA